UGAGCGUGCUACGACAAUAACACGACGGAGGGAGAACACAUUAGCAAGAAGGAAAUAUAGAUAUAGACAUAUUCAUAAAGAGCCCGUCGACGGCGCUGCUUUCUCUCCGACCGAGCCUCUUCCGAACUACACACGGUCUUGUGUGUCAUCGCGUCUCUGGAUCGUGUUUCCUCGACACCCUCUCCUCUGCAAGCGGCCCGGAUCAAUGGUGUCUCUCGGCAGCAGAUCGCUGCCUGAGAGCGAGCUGUUCAGGGACAGCAGCCCCUUCUCCCUUGGCCUGAGAGAUGGAGCCCGCAGCGAGGGGGGCAGCUCGGCCUCCUGCGACAGCCCCGAGGCCGUGGAGCUCGGGGCUUUGUGCCGCUUAAGCCCCACAGAGGACGAAGACGACGAGGAGGAGGAGGAGGACGAAGACGACGAGGAGGGGGCGAGUCUGCAUAUUCUUCUAGAGCCGGAGGAGAGGGAGCCGAAGCUACCGGACUUCCCUUUCCGACCCUCCUCCCCGUUCUCUCCGACCCUGGAGGACAUCGAUGAGUUCUUAAGGGAAAAGAUGGAACUGGUCAAAGAGGAGCUCCUGGCCCCCAAAGAGGAGGCCUGCCCCGUACCAUGCGGUGGCUCCCUGUCCUCCGGUGCUUCCUCAGACACUCGUCGUCACCCCGGGACGAGUGCCUCUUCUCGCGCUUCAAACGCCCCCAAGAAGGAACAAAAGAGCCCCGGCCCAAACGACCGUUCCCCCUCCGCCCGAGCAAACCCCUCGCCUUCCACCGUCACCCCGCCGUUGCUCUUGGGCAGCCCUCUGGUCCUCCAGCUCCAGCCCCUGCCUGCGGCGCGGCCUCCGACCCCGGCGAGCUCCCCGCCCGGGUCCCAGAGCGGCAUUUGGCUCACCCACGUGGUCAUGGGGCUGCGGGGCGCAACCGGACCAAAUGUCACCCUGCUGGCCCAGCAGGGGCACUCCGCCCCCACCGCCGUGUUAUCCCGACACGGCGAUGCCCGGCUGGUCGACCAGAAGUACGUGAAGAUCGCCCCGCUGCCCAUCACCAUGAGGACUCUAGAGAUCACGGGCGUGGCCGGCAUCGGGGGCCACGGCAACGGCCUGUUUAAGGCUGGACCCCCCCGCUUGACCCGGCUGCUGCCCACGGAGAGGGUCCACAAGUGCGCCCACCCCGGCUGCGGGAAGAUGUACACCAAAAGCAGCCACCUGAAGGCCCACUUCCGCCGGCAUACGGGAGAGAAGCCCUACACGUGUAGCUGGCCCGAGUGUGGCUGGAGGUUCUCCCGGUCCGACGAGCUGUCCCGCCACCGGCGCUCCCACUCCGGCGUCAAGCCCUACGCGUGCUCCCUGUGCGAGAAGAAGUUCGCCCGCAGCGACCACCUGUCCAAACACACCAAGGUCCACCGCAGCUCCAGGCCCAGCAGGAUAAUCAGAGCCACCGUCUGAGCCGCCUGCGGCUGACCUUUGACCCCCGCCACGUCCUGCACGCCCCCACCCGGGGCCUGGCUUUGACUGAAUGGGGGGGGGGGGGGGUCCCGGUCCGGGUCUUCCUCAGGACUUUUGGUGCUUUCACGAGCAGAACUUUCAGAAGAAUCUUGAGAGCUGGCGGCUUUUUCCACCCAUAUCCCCCCCCCCUGUUUAUCUUUCGCCGUUCCUUUCCAAUCAGCUCGUUGCAGACUGAGCAGCCACCUCAGGAAGAAUCAGCUAAAAGUGGAUUUCCUGGCCUUUGCGUACACACACACACACACACUCUUACCGUCUUCCUGAGGCCCCUCUCGCAACCGCUACUUGCACUACUGUUACCAAGGUGCUGUUGGAAGUACGAUGGCAACCAGCAAUAGGUGCAUCUGUAAUUCUGUUAAUCCCCAUCAGCCC